AUGAUACACGUAGGUGACAAUACCUGGAACCUGAAGGUCUACAUUACCGACCUUCAGGUGCAGAAAACGCUCCGUGUCCGGGGCGAUCUGCACAUCGGCGGUGUAAUGCUGCGUCUGGUCGAUCCAGAAAACCCGAAAGAUUGGUCAGACCACGCACUCUGGUGGCCGGCCCGGAACCAAUGGCUGACGCGUACCAAGUCAACGCUCGACCAGGUGGGUCUGCACGCGGACGCCCUCCUGCACUUCACACCGAUGCACAAAACGCUGCGAGUUCAGAUGCCGGAUCUGCGGUAUUUAGAUUGCCGGGUUGAUUUCUCGAUCAAGACGUUCGGUGCGGUUGUGGCAUUGUGCAAGGACCUUGGUAUUAGACAUCCGGAGGAGCUAUCGCUAUGCAAACCGCUAGAACCGAUGCAUUUGAAGAAGAACUAUGCCGAUUUGGCCAAAAAGAAGAUACCGAUCGAACAGAAUGGCAACGGGCGUGACUACAUUCAUCUGCCGCCGGACACAAACACCUUCAUCCCGGUGACCGCACACAACCUGAACGGCAGCAACGGAAGCCUGGACGAUACAGUCAAUCGCGGCCCGUUUUCGUGUGCUCCCGUACCGAAUUCCCAUUUCUCCACACCUAAACCGGCCUUACAGAGCACUCCGAUCAGUUCGCCGACUGGUACAUUGCGGCACGGACACGGAUCAGGCUUCAGUGAGUCGUCGUCCAGCAUUGGAGAUACGACGGAUAGUUUGGCGUACAGUCCGUGUGCACCGAGCCCCGAGGCUCGGUCUCGCUUGCUGAAGCCGAAAUCAUUGGUCGAGCGGGCACGCAUGAACAUCGGUUGGCUUGACUCGUCCCUGUCCAUCAUGGAGCAGGGCAUUCGGGAGUUUGAGACGCUCUGUCUCCGCUUCAAGUACUACACGUUCUUCGACCUGAACCCCAAGUACGACCAGGUGCGCAUCAAUCAGCUGUACGAGCAGGCCAAAUGGCAGCUGCUGAACGAGGAGAUCGACUGUACCGAGGAGGAGAUGCUGAUGUUCGGUGCACUGCAGCUGCAGGUGAACAAACAAAACGAAGUACCGCAGGCCGACUCCGGUAUCGACACGUCCAGCCUGGACAAUGCGGCUGACGACGAUGUGGAUGCGGCACUGCGCGAACUGCAGAUCACGCUCGAAGGACCCAGCAACGGUGUGAAUGCAGGCGACAUCACGCAUAUUCCGGAGCUGACCGACUAUUUGCGCUUUUUGAAACCAAAAAAGUUCACCCUGAAGGGUUACAAGCGUUACUGGUUCACGUACAAGGAUCUGCAUCUGCAUCUGUACAAAUCGCGGGAAGAUUCCCGCACGAACAGUCCGCCCCAGGUGACGAUCAAUCUGCGCGGUUGCGAGGUAACGCCCGAGGUCAAUUUGUCGCAGAAGAAAUUCAACAUCAAGCUGGAGGUACCGCUGGAGCAGAGCAUCAACAGCGAAAUGUGGAUCCGGUGUGACAAUGAGGAACAGUACGCCAAGUGGAUGGCAGCGUGUCGGCUCGCAUCGAAGGGUCGAUCGCUUGCGGAUAGCUCGUACGACAGUGAGGUGGCCAGCAUUCGGUCAUUCCUGAGCAUGCAGAAGCCGGCACAGGUUCCCGCGAUCAACAUUAACCCGACCGAGAUCGACGCGAACGAGUAUCUCGCUCCACGGUACGCCAAGAAGCUGAAGAACAAGGCCAUACACCGUAUGCUGGAGGCACACGCGAACGUGAAGGAUCUGCCACUGGUGGAGGCGAAGCUGAGCUACAUCCGGGCAUGGCAAAGUUUGCCCGAGUUCGGUGUGACCCUGUUCGUGAUCAAGUUCGAUGGGCACAAGAAGGAGGAGCUGCUCGGUGUGGCUAGCAACCGUAUCAUGAAGAUGGACAUUACGACCGGCGAUCAUCUGAAGACGUGGCGGUACAACACCAUGAAGGCCUGGAACGUGAACUGGGAGAUUCGGUGCAUGAUGGUACAGUUCCAGAAUGAGACGGUCGUAUUCUCCUGCUUGUCGGCGGAUUGCAAAGUGAUACAUGAGUUCAUCGGUGGCUACAUCUUCAUGUCGAUGCGUUCGAAGGAAACGAACCAAACGCUCAACGAGGAACUAUUCCACAAGCUAACGGGUGGUUGGAACUAG